AUGUCUUUAGAAAAAAUAUACAACAUAUUUUCGAAAGAAGAGUGUAAUUCGUUCAAUUAUACAUGGGUUAUUGAGAAUUUUCAAAAUUUUUAUAUAUAUAAAAAAGUUCUUAAAAUUAAAAGUGAUGAAUUCACUGAACCAAAAUUAAAUAAUAAUUUUUUAUUUGAAGAAGAAGAUUUGUUUACACCAUUAUUUAUAACAAAAGCAGACAAACUAGAUUAUAUUUGGCAAAUUCAUCUCUAUCUUAAUAUAGAUGUGGAAGAAAAAGAUUUUAUUUCGUUAUAUCUUUUUCCUAUAAAAAACAAUUCUAAUAGAUAUGUUAAAUGGAAAUUUGAAUUAUAUAAAUAUACAAGUAAUGAUGACAAUGAUGAAUUCCUUGAAGAGAAUCAGAAAAACGAAGAAGAAAAUUUUGAAUUAUUGUCAAGAAAUUAUGAAUACGAGCACGACAUAUUUGAUGAUGAUGAAGGAUGGGGAUAUGAGAAAUUUUGUGAAAUCAAAAAGAUUUUUCCGAAUUUUAAGGAUUAUAAGAAAACCAAUCUUGUAAUUCAUCUACACAUACAAACUCAAUGUUAUUGUAUUUUACCCUAUGAAAUUUUUUUGAAUUCUACAAAAAAUUUCGAAAAUUCAACAUUUGAAAGUUACUUCGAUAAUGAAAAUUUCAGUGAUGUUACAUUUGUGUUUCCGUGUGGAAAUCAACUUAAAGCAUCACGUAAAGUUUUGUCAACCAAAUCAACAUAUUUUGAAAAAAUGUUCACAGGAGAAUGGAUGGAAAGAUACGAAUCAAUAAUUAAAAUUAAAGAGACAAAAUUUGAAACAUUUAGAUCAAUGAUUUAUUUCCUUUAUACUGGAAAAAUUGAACUUGAUCAAUCAUUUCAAGAUUUGAAAGAUCUUUACAUUGAAGCUGAUAUACGUGGAAUAGAGGAGGUUGUUAAAUUAAUUACAAUAUCUUUUUCAUACAAAUUAAACAAAGAUAACUGGUAUGAAAUAUUUUUGUUAGGAGAUGAUACUAAUAAUAUUUCUCUAAAGAAUAUUAUAUUUCAAUAUAUGUUUGAUAAUUGGUUAGAGAUUGAAAAAAAUCAAGAAACUGAUUAUUUAUUGGGUUAUGAUGACGGGAAAUUAAUCGACCAAUUAAAAAGAGUGGAUAAUUCUAAUACAAUAAUUUCGAAUACUUGGAACCUUGUAUAA